AUUAUUAUUAUCUUUAUUAUCUUUACUAUUAUUUUCUCUCUCUUUUUUCCUUCCUCCCUUCUCUUCUUGUAGUCUUUCGCCGACGCGAACCACAAUUUGACGAGCAAUGCGCCGGGCCGAAUGCCACGAGGGUCUAUUGGAGGCUGGAUAAAUCAGCAAAUAAUGUCUACGCGACAACAGUAACUUGUGUCUAUCUAUUGUGUAUUGCAUUGUAUUUUACAGGUUUGAGGGCGUGCAAAGGUGCCAAAGGUGCCAAAGGGAGAGAACCGAGCGUUACCAUCGCACCCAACUUUGAGGUCAGUGAAUAAAAAACUCCAUGCAAGAAGUAAAAAAGAGAAGAAAAAAAUAUCCGUCUUAUCGCUGUGUCCUCGAACCUCAUGAUAUCUACAACAACAUACCGAUCCAUACCGAUCCUACUUAAUUCGCAUCCGUUACUGUAACCGCGCUUCAUUUCAUGAUUCCUAGCACCAGGUUCGCGUGCAACAUUUCGAAGUUGCAUGAACACAGGAAAUCAUGGAGGAAGUAAGGAAACCUAUUGACACAUUAGUUAAAAACGUCCUCCCUCCCAAAGCACAUUACCUAUCAUUAGACACCACGCGCCGGUACCGACCACACGCGGAUGACAAGAGAUUAGAAGAGCAGGACAUCAGACCUCUUCAGUACACCACUUUCGUUAGUGACGCAGAGCGUGGCGUUCUUCUGACAAGGGCCUAUUUCGACGUCCGGGAAGAACCUUUAAAUCCAGUCAGUGCGCGUGGCGACAUAACACCUCGAACGUCCGAUCCCAGCAAACCUAAAACAAAACUAUCUUUAAAAGACUAUAAGAACAGGAAAAGGUCGCCCGACGGCGGAGAGACACCUAAGCCAACAGCACAACUCCCAAAGACGAAUGCGCCCCCAAAAAAGAAAUUGGAUCCUGCUGGGAAAGAGACGGAGGACCAUCGUGUUAUUAAUAAAGAACCCCCCGACGCAAACUCUAGCAUGAGGCCGGAGGCGCGUCAUCCUCGAAGCCCCUCGCCGGACAGGAAAAGACGGGCCGUAGAGGCUGAGCACGAGUCCAAGCCAAUUAAGAGGAGCAAAGUUGAGAGCUCGACGCCCAACUCUAUAAGCUCACGUUCUUUUAAGGAUAGCAUUACUCAGAAACCCGAACGGCAGGCGGCUUCUGAGAAGAAACUUAAAGAAUUAAAGAGCACACCGACCAUCAACGCAAAACCUGCACCGAACAGCACAGGGAAUAAAGGUGUUUCUCCCAGACCUCCUAGUUCUCAAGUAAAUGGUACCCAAAAGGUAGUUAAAAACAGAGACGGAUCGGAUAAGAAGAUAGAAAGUAACUCAACUUCAAAGGCGCCUUACGUGCCCCCAUUAUUAUCACCGAUUGAUAUAUCAGACUACAUGGACGAUUCUAAGCCGUCGCGGCCUAGCCCUAAGAAGAAGCCGACGGAUUCAAAUGGCUUAAAACCGCCAGCGAAGAAAAACAGAGAAGAUCGCGAGCCGUCUCCUAGCCCUAAGAAGCGGAAGAUCCCGCCGCUCCUAUCUCCGACGCUCCCACCUGUUGUGCUAGAGGAACUGGCGAAGGCAAAAUCGGCCUCUUCAAAGGACUCGAGUCAAAAAAGCAGUCAGACUAUUUCUGACUCUCCUAAUGGACAGAAAAAGGCGGCGAAGGUUCCGAAGCGCGAAGAGACCAUACAUGUGGAAAGCGGCAAGGGGCAGCGGGAGUCACUUAUGGUCUCGUUAAAGUAUAAAAAGCGAAAUGCCAAGACGAUAGAACGGCUCUUAAAUCUGCCUUCUGGCGGCAAGAGGAAGAGCGACUUAUUAAGAAGAGAUGAGCGCGUGAAUCGCGAUCGUUCCGAUAGCUUGGAACCCGGUACUGCACGUAAGCGACCCGCGGCGGAUCCUCCUAACGAAGCGAUCAAACGGCCAAAAGCCGUAGAGAAUCCACGGCCAUCUACACCGCCGGGAAGAUCAUCUGCGAUGACGCGAGCUGCAUCCAAUAGUUCUCAAGUUGGCACUCCAGGAGUUGCCAAUGGUCUCACUCCAGCCGCGCUGCCACCCGACCGGCGCCGCCCACCUGUCGACCCAGAGAAGCUGCAGAGGCUACAAUCGAGAGCCUUAAACUUCAUUAGGCUUGGUACCCAGCUAAAACAUGAACGCGAUGCAGUAUUGAAGAAUCCGGGGGAGGGGGUUACGGAACGCGACCGCCAAGUUGCCAUCGCUGCUGGUAUUCAGUGUUUAGUCUCGUUUCUCCUCGGCUUUAAGCUUCAGAGCGAUGUCUCAGAUCUCGAGCGCAAACGAGCUUCAACCCGGUCAAUGCGAGAACUAUUACUAUUAUUCCGAGUAACGAGAUCUGAUUGCGCAAGGCACAAUGCAUUGACGGCAUUAAUACUACGGCUUCAGGGUAUAUGUCUUGUUUAUAUCGGUCGCAUAAUGUGGUCAUACCCCAGUGAUGCCGAGCUUGCAAGCCAGAUCGUCGCGAACUGCAAGGAACAGCAAGAGAUUUGGCAUCAGGCCGACAGCGCGCGUAGAGCCAUGGGUGUAUAUGAUGGAAGUUCUAAGUCAGAUGAUGGAGGCUCGAUAGGCAAGCUCAUAGAUCGACUUGGACCGUGGACGAUACCCGAAGAAGCUAUACCGGUUACUCUUGAUGUUUUGCGCAAAGUCAUGCAGGCUAACGGCCCAUGGAAGCCAGCGGAGUCCCUAACUAAACUAGGACUCUCCACGACAAACGGGAUUUCCACCUGAAACUGGAGCCAAUGUUGUGGCCCUCGAGAAGACAUGGCGGUUCUUACGGCGGUACCAAUUCUCAUCCUAAUGUAUAUUACGAACCAUGAUUUCUACGACGUGAUACCAAAACUCUUGCCUUACUUCCACCUCUGCAGCAACAAUCCUUUCAAAGUUUGGGUUAUCGGAACGUGAGAAAUAUCGGUCGAGGGCGACCCGGAAUGUCAUGCGGCGUCUCGCUGGAACGAACGGAAUAGGGGUUUGGUUUUGUGAUAGCGUAUACAGGUACUGCGACUAAGGAACAUAUCUGUUUUUUGAUUUUACGUGCGUGAUUCUAUCUAUCUGUCGUACAGACAGACGAAGGAGUACAGAAAAGAAAAAAAGUUAGAUGAAGCGGCGUUUCAUAGGAGAGAAAGCGAACGGGAGGGAAUCAAGAUGGAUGCUUGGCCCCUUCUUUCUUUUUUGAGCGUUGGCCGUUUGUGUAUUCUGUUUUUUGUUUUUGUUUUUCUACCGUUUUUUAUCCCGCAGUCGUACUUACUUCGAUGAUAUCCCGCCGGCACGACCGAGCAAAAUGGUACUUUAAAUGACUACCUCGUUAACUUCAUGUGGCCAUUGCUCCUGUUGUGUUACGUAUGUGAUAAGUUUUGUGUAAAUAAAGGGUAUUUAUUGCUACAUAAUUACGUCGAUAUCGACUCGGUUGGUAAUGGUAAUGAAAUCCAGAACUAAGAAUAAG